AGCACCCGCACAGCCGACAUAUCAGUGGAGACGCUGUGCGAGAACCUGUUUGCGAGCGUUUGACAGCGCUGUCUAGUCCCAGACACGGCCCGCUACAUAUGUAACCGCUGGCCGUCGUGCAGCUCCGCCCCCGACGCACUGCACUCCCUCCCCUACCAUGCCCGGCACCACACCAAGCGGCGCUGCGCGCGCCGACGAGGAAACCCCGCUGCUCGGCGGCGUCGCGAAAACCUCGGGCCCGACGCGCAUCCGUGCCCACUUCACCAAUGAUGUCAGCCGUAACUGGGCGGACGCGGUGCUGCUGUUUGGCUACAUCAUCACGGGGCUGCUGGACAGCUCGGCCGUGUUCAUCUGGGGCAGUUUCGUCAGCAUGCAGACGGGAAACACUGUUUACCUAGGGCUGGGCAUCGUUGCGCCUCACGAGGGCAUCAGAUGGGUCAAGGCACUCACGUCGAUUGUGUCGUUCUGCCUUGGUUCGUUCGUUUUUGCGCGCUUCCACCGCUUCUUCUCGCCCAAGAAGCGCUGGGUGCUUAUUGCAAGUUAUUCGGCACAGCUGCUGCUGAUUGUCCUGGCUGCAGUUAUUGUCACCGUCGGCGAUGCCGUGAAAGAAGAGCUGCACUGGCAGGUCCUUGUUCCCCUGGCCGCUGUUGCGUUCCAGUCGAGUGGACAAGCGGUGACGUCACGCGCAUUGCAGUUCAACGGACUGACUAGUGUUGUUCUGACGAGCAAUUACUGCGAUUUGUUCUCUGACCCUAAGCUGUUUGCUUUGGACAAUGUUGAAAGGAACAGGAGGAUUGGUGCUCCCGUGUUGCUGUUGCUGGGUGCCUGUAUUGGAGGGCUGUGGGCACACAGCGGUGUCGGCCUUGCUGGAGCACUAUGGACUGCGGUAGGAUUGAAGCUCCUUAUCGUCGUUGCGUGGUUGUUCUGGACAGGAGAGAAGGACGAGGAGUAGUAGCAGUCCCGGUUGGCCAAUGCUGUCUCACUUAGCAAUAUAUCUUCAAUGCCACAAUAUCCAGAUACUCCUGUUUUCCACUAUUAGAUAAGGUGGGGCUGUAAAUGGAGAUACGGGGUGCAGAAGUGGAGGUUUUGAGGAACCACGAGAGGGGAGGGAAGCCAUAAAUGGGAUGAGA